UGCACGUGGGGAGAUGUCCCACCGGCGGUUCUAAGUUUUACACCUGGAAAUCACCGUUUUCCUUCAACUUCUGGGAGACGUACGUUCACAGACACACCAAGAUGACAUCUUUAGCGACCCAGCUGCAGCGGUUAGCCUUGCCGCAGUCAGAGCUGGCUGUACCAGACAAGGACAGGGAGCGGGCCUCGCUGCUGUUUGAUCCUAAGGAGGCUGCUAAUCUAGACAGGGACACUUUCUACGCACUUGGAGUGAAUGGUUUAGAUGAGCUGGCCAACAUCGACCCAGUGUUUCUAGACUUCCACAACAACCUGUUCAGUCAGUCCUCGAAAAACCUGGAGCGAGUGGUUCAGACCAAGGAGGUGAACGCCAGACUGGACGAAAACAUCUCACGUUUCCUGACGCUAGUCUCUCCGUACUUCCUGCUGAGACCUGCACAGAAGGCACUGGAGUGGCUUAUCAACAGGUUCCACAUCCACAGAUUCAACACAGAUGACCUGGUGGCCUGUGUGUUGCCCUAUCACCAGACUAAGAUGUUUGUACGUGUCGUGCAGCUCUUAAAGAUCGAACAGCCCACCAACCGCUGGAACUGGAUGGCAGCCAUUCAGAAACCUGGGACCCCUCUGGCACGAUCUACAGUUAUCAACCAUUGUGCUGCUGACCUGGGUUUCCUUACCUUCAUCUGUGACAUGGUACAGAAGGCAACCAAGCUCCACUCCUCCCAGGACUCCUCUGCGCCCUCCCCCAUGCGCGCCCUCGUCAGUUUCUACGCCACCACCAUUCUGGGGGCACUGGAGGUCACGGAAACCAUCAAAGAGAACAUGGUGACCAAACUGCUGCCCUACGUCCUAAAGGGCCUGAAGUCCCGGGCUAUUCUGGACUACAAGGCUGCCUCGUAUGUCAUCAUUGGACAGCUGGCUAACAAAAUCACCAUGCAGGGUCUGCUGGUGCAGACUUUUGUCAAGGGCAUUUGUAAGCACAUCAGCCCACAGCUGUCAUUGGAGGCUGUCACCUGUCUGGCUGUCCUGUGUCACAAACAGCGAGUGGACAAGCUGCCCAAAAGAUCCUUUAAGCUCCUGUGCAGAGUACCCGGCCUGGUGCAGACUUUAGCCAGACUGACCACUGCCCAUGAGAUCACAGGACUGCUGACCGUGUUCCUACCUCAACUGGUCAAGGCUGCGGUCAAUGACACAGUCUCCACCACCACAGGUACCAGUAGUGAGGGUGAGGAUGGUACCACAGGUCCUGUCAGCUACUGUGGUCUCCUGGAGAACCUGCUGUUAGAUGUGGAACUGCCAGAAUCACUGCAAACUCUAGUAGCCAAAACCUUGUUCCAGGACUACCUUACAGUUAGAAGUCAGAUGACAGGGAAGUCACCAUCAGCAGUGCAGUCUCUGAAUGAGAGGGCGGGGCCUAUUGUCAAACUGAUUGACAGGAGGUACCCUGUUGCCAUGGACACCAUCCUGCAGAUCCACAUGGGUCAGAGUGCAGAGGAGGUGUCUGAGGUUUCCCAUGAUGCCGAGCAUGUGCAGGAGUUUGUUAGCCUGUCACUUGCAGGGUUAAAACACCAGCUGGUCCCUGAAGCACAGACUUCCCUGGUGCUGUCUCUUAACCAUCCAAAUGCUACUGUACGCAGAAAUGCCGUUAAACACCUACCAAAGGCCUGGCAAAGGCAACAGGGAGAAGCUGAUCUACAGUUUGUGAAGGAUGCUCUGAUCCAGAGGCUUGGAGAUGAUGAUGAUGAUGUAGUGAUGGCAGCACUAGAUGUUCUGAAGGACCUGCCCACCUUACCAAAGGAAGGACUUGAAGACUCGUUGAUUCCAUUACUCCACCGGAGCGACGUGAGCGAAUCAGCGGCCGACGUCCUGACCAGCGAGGUUCUCCUACGGGAUAACCCCACCGUUCACGACAAGGUGGCGGUCGCCGUUUUACCCCUCAUGUUCGUGGUCGUCCCUGAUGCCAAGUCUGCGGAGGUCACCACGGCCGCCAUGUUAGCGCGGUCGUACUUGUGUCAGGAACAUCCGCUACUCAAAGGGGCCCAGCAAGCAUGGAGCCAUCUGAGUCAAAGUAGUGAUGUCAAUGUUGUCAUGGCAACAGCCAAUCAGGGCCUAGUCAGUCAUCUUUCAGGGAACCUGGCAGCCAUGGAACCAGACAUGAGGCAGUCCAUGGUACAAAAGCUGUACGAGGCAGCAACAUCUCCAGCAGCGGUUUGUGGGAAUCUUCCCAUGGUUGUCAGCUUCAUCCUGGCAAAUUUGAUCAGGCAGCUAGACCCGGGCGACCAGGGGGCCUUGUGUCAACAGGCACUGGAUCUGGUCUGCAACAGGCUGCAUCAAGUGGGGUCUUCAGAGGACGGCAAGCCAUUGCGUAGGGUUAAGGGUGCACAGGAUCUGCAGAACCUAAAAUUUCUCCACACCAAGGUUGCCAUCAUGCCACAGAACCUAACAAUUCACUACCAGAAGAUGAGUCAUCAAGGCUUGGGACCUGACAGUCCACAGUUUGUGCCUGUUCUUCUGUGGCUACUGAACAACAUUAUAGUCAACCUACAUGUGCCAGCAGAUUUGACUUCUAAGCAGUGGUGGAGCCAGCAGACAGCUGACCCUUCCCAGAAGUCCUACCUGUCCCUGCUGGUACAACUCUUUGACCUUCUAGUGACCUUCACAUCAGGGGCAAAAGCUGACCACCAUGUACAGCACUUUAGACAGCUCAUGCAGAACUUCCUCAAGGUGCACCUGCCAGACACAGCCUCCUUAUUCAGGUUCCUGUCCAUGUUGUGGGUGUGUCACCAUGACGACAGCCACACCCGAGCCCUGGUGCAGGUCAGGGCGCUCCACAUGGCAGCUGUGUGUAUCAACAGCUCUGGAGACAAGGCAGCGUCUAAACUCAUGGGCAAGGAGUCUGGUGUGCUGCCCUCCCUCCUAGUGACACUACAGCAUAGAGUCCCUGCAGUCAGGGAAGCAGCAGUGGCAGUGUUGGAGGCACUGUUAAAACAGUCAGACGGUUCCAUGUACGGAGAAGUCCUGGUGAAGAAACUUGUCCAUGCCAGGGAAGAACUGGUAGCAGACAACAACCACCUGAAACAGGCUCUCCAUGUCCUUUUUAAGCCCUUGGAACAGCCCAAGCUGCCUGUGAGUAAAGCAUCUCCAGGCAAACACAAGCAGAAGGCUGAAGCUAAGCAGGCAGUGCUCCAGGCUACCUUGGACAGCCUGCUGGGUCAUGUGACUGCUGAGGACACCCCUCCUCACAUGAAAGUUGGUUUACUGGAAGCCCUGCAACUUGUCAACAGUCAGGGAGUUUUGUGUUCCCUGCUGCCCAUGCUGGGUGCCCUACUGGAGAAGUGUCCACAUGGUCUCACACCAGAAGAAGCCGCCAUCUUACAUCACAUCCUGGUGAGAUACCAGGUCCCCACAGCUCCCCUCCUGCAGCCUUCCCAUCAGGCCCUGCAGCUGUUCCAGAAGGCCAUGGGGAUCUGUGGUAAACCAUGUGAUGGUCAGGAGUCACCACAGACCAUGGCUCUCAGACAGAUCACAAAAGAGUUCUUUUCCUCGCUGCCCUCCCCUGCUGUGAGACAGGCGCUGCUGUCUACACUGUUUGACCUACAGGUCAUUGCCCCCAACCCUCAGAUUGCCAAGGAGAUCAGCCAUGUCCUCAAAGUGAUUUCUCUCCAGGCUGAAGAAGUUGCCAUCGAGCUGAAGAAGUUCACCCAGUCUGCUCCUUCAACCUCAGUCAGAGGGGCCAAGAAGAUGAGAAGAGCCACUCUGCAGGCCAAGGUAACGCAGCGGUCAGCAACGGACAGCGAGCCGUGGCGGCGUGUGACGGUCAUCCUGGAAAUGCUGCAGAACAAGAAGAAAGUGCGGAGCCUGCAGCUUAUCGUGCCACCUCUGUUCGCAAUUCUGGCAAGGUGUUUAGAGGAGGAAGAGCAGACACCUGUGGAGUACCUGAAACAGCUGGUUCUCACCUGUCUACUCAACACCUGCGAGCGUCUCUCACCUGACAAUAAUCCUCUGCCUCCAGAUGUACUUCCAGAGGAACAGUUUAAUGCAGAGCUGAUUGUCCAGUGUAUCCAGCUGUCUGACAGCCCACAGACACAUAACCAGGCACUGCUGUUACUGGGGACAGCUGCUGGCCUCUUCCCUGAUAAGGUGUUACACCAGGCUAUGGCUAUCUUCACCUUUAUGGGAGCCCAUGUGCUGAGACAAGACGACACCUACAGUCUACAGAUCAUCACCAGAACUGUGGACACGGUCAUACCUGCACUCAUACAGGCCAGUGAAAGGAACCCGUCUCUCACCGUAGCCAAUCAGAAGCUGGACAGCAUUGUUGCCAUGGUGAUUCGCGUGUUUGUGGAUGCCCUCCCGCACAUCCCGGAGCACCGGCGCCAGGCCGUGUUCCACCAUCUUGUGCGUACAGUCGGCGGGGGCCAGUACCUGUGGACAACGUUAGCGCUGGUGUUCGAGAGUAAAGUUGUGGGGAAGACUGGAGGAGGAGUGCAUUCUGAUGGAGAAGACAAGGUGCUGGGGUCAGAUGCAGAGUUCUGUGUGGAGCUGUGCUCACACUUCCCCCCAGAUAUCCAGGUGCUGAGCCUGGUGCAGCUGCUGAAGUACAUCUCCAGCCUUCCGGAGGACAAGGAGGACAGGAAAGGACCAUCCCCAGCCAAGAGGCCAAGGAGGAACGAACCAGUCUCGUCGGAAAAGCGGUCUGAGCCUCUCUUUGACGUGGCCAAUCACACGGCUCACCAGCUGCGGAACUUUAAGUUCCUGGCCGUCAGUUUCUUCCCGGUGUUGCUAGGUAACAGCUUGUUUGUCGGACAGUUGGUGGACUUGGAGAUGGAGGCUAGCGACAAGAUGAGAGGAUUGUACCAAAGUUUACUGGAGGAAACCCUUCAGUACAUCCGUCAGGUUGCCUUGUCUCUUGACAAGAACUCCACCAACCCCACAGCCAGGUUCUGGAGAGCUCUACUGCACAAGGCCUACGACACAUUAGAGAAGGUAAAUGCCUUGCUGCCCACUGAAGUGUUCAUCGGAGUGGUGUCAGGUCUGAUGCAGAAUAACAUGGCUACUGUGAGGAAGAAGGCCAUGGAGCUGCUCAACAGCAAACUGCAACAGCCAGGACAGCAAUGGGCACAGGGGGAGGUUGCUCUACUGUUAGACAUGCUACAAGAGUUACAGAGUGUUGCCAUGGCCUCCAAAGAUGACACACCCACAGCUGAAGAGCUGGCUGUCAAUCGGCAGACAGCCCUGUAUAGCCUGAAGCUGCUCUGUCGGGCACUGGGGACAGCACAUCCGGACAGCUUUGUGGAGGUCUUAAAGGGGGUUACCAAAAUCAUGGAUAACACUGAGAAAAACCCCUUGGUUGUGUCAGCUGCCCUGCUGUGUCUUGCUGAACUGUGCAGCUGUCUGAAGGCUCACGCCAUCCCCCACCUGCCAGCCUUCAUGCCUCCACUCCUCAACAUCUGUCAGUCAACACAGCUCAAUAAAAGUCAGGAGUUAUUGCUGCUGAGUGCCCUGACUGCUGCACAUAAAGUGUGUGAGAAUCUGCCUCACUUCCUCAGCCCCUACCUGCUGCCACUGCUUCUACAGGUUACUAGACUGUCCCAUUUGAUGUCAGAAGCUGAGGAAUUUGCUCAGAAAUCCCACAUCACAGCAAGGCUGAAGGCUAUCAGACACUGCCUUGCCAGCACGAUUGCCCCACGUAUCCUCAUCCCUGCUGUAGCACAGUGUUAUAAUGAACUAGAGAAAGACACCCAGGGCGGUAUCGGUCCUCUCAUGUCUGUUCUGUCCGAGCGGAUCACCACGAUGUCUAAAGAUGACGUCACCGCGCACCAAUCCCAGACGGUCUCUUUCUUCAUAACUGCGCUUAACUACAGAGCCAAACACGCACAGGAUGACUUUGAAGAUGUACAGCAAGUUGAAGGUCAUGUGAUGGAGGCUGUUCUGUCCUUGGUGAUGAAGUUGUCAGAGGUCACCUUCAGACCCAUGUUCUUUAAGCUGUAUGACUGGGCCAGCCGUCCUGACAGCUCCAGACAGAGGUUACUGACCUUCUACCGGCUGGCAGAGGCCAUGGCUGACAGGCUCAAGAGUCUGUUUGUGCUGUUCGCUGGCCACAUUGUCAAAAAUGCUGCCUCUACUCUAGACUCUAACAAUGUCUAUAAAACAGAAGAGACAUAUUUUGGUGACAGCGAUGCGGACCAGAAGAAGUCCUCCCUGUUGCUAGGAUACAUCCUGGACUGUCUCUACAAAGUCUUCCUGUAUGAUAAUGAGAACUUUGUCAACAAGGAGACCUUUGACCUUCUGAUGCAGCCUCUGGUGGACCAGAUUGAGAACCUUCAAGGAGGUGAGGAAGUCUUCACAGCUAGAGUGGAGAACCAUGUGGUGCCGUGUAUCGCACAGUUUGCUGUAGCAGUAGGUGAUGAUGCCUCAUGGAAACCUCUACAUUACCAGAUCAUGCUGAAAACUCGACACGACUCACCCAAGGUUCGAUUUGCAGCGUUACAGGUCCUGGAAGAGUUCCAAAAGAAGCUGGGAGAAAGCUUCAUGGUGCUUCUGCCUGAGACCAUCCCUUUCCUCGCAGAGCUUAUGGAAGAUGAGUGUGAGGAGGUGGAGGAUCAGUGUCAGAAGGUCAUCAGUGAGAUGGAAACCACUCUGGGUGAAGAUUUGCAGAAAUACUUCUAGAAUAGACAACCUACAUUGUAUCAAGAAAGUUGAAGUAUUUAAUUCUUCGAUUUUAUUUGUUUGUUUGUUUGUUUUGUUACCCUAUGAGUCAUGCACCCUUUUGUUUCUUUUUUUAAAAUUUUUAUUGGUAUUUCGAAAUACAAAAACAUGUACAGACAAGACAUGAACAAAGCAAAAAGUAAUUAUAACGUAAUGGUAACAGAGAAAUAAUCCACGGAUCCAAAAAUACAAUCGAGAUAAAACAAGGAUAACAGCAGGGAAAAAACCUCGAAAUAAUAGUACUUGAUCUACUAUAAUACAGAUGACAGAACAAUAUGUUUCUUGUUUGAUAUUCUCUUUACAAUUCUCUGUGAAAAAUCUCCUAUAAUAUUUCUUCACAAGCAAGAAGUCUUUCCCAUGAAAAAAGUGCACCCAAAUUUGGAGCUGUGCACC